GUUUCUUUUAAAAUUUUUCAUAUAUACUCUUAGUUUUUAUACUUGUUCCACUAGGAAAGCUUGAAUUACUUUCAUCAUACACAUUCUGCUUAUUACAGCCAAUGACAACAAGCUUAUUCAAAACAAAACAGCAUAAGUUUAAAAGGAAAGUUAAGGACUUACAAAUAUCGGGGCCACUAGAUCCCAAUACACUCACGCUACUUUCUCCACUUUCCCCCGAGUCAAAUUUACAAAAGUCACCCCAUUCUCAAAGAGAUUCCAGAACUAAAGCAAGACAUUCCUAUCCAGUUUUGCUUGCAAAAUAUGAAUUCAAAGCUGAAAGAGAUGGCCAAUUGAAUAUUAAAGCUGGCGAUUAUUUGAUUUUGAUUGAACGACCCGGCAAUGGAUGGUUGGAGGUUCAUCAUAUCGAUAAUAAGGAAUCUAGAGGGUUGAUUCCUGCCAGUUUUGUAGAUAUUGCUGUGAAUGAUUGUGUAAAUCCUGUUUCUUUGCGAUGGCUAACCCAAUUUGAAAGCAAGGAAGUUGAAGAAGUUGAUACAUUCAACAAUGAUUAUUUUGAAUUAGCUUCUGAUUCUGCAUUUGCAAAAAAUUACCCAAUCAAGGUUGUCAUUGAUAAAGCAUUUCAAAGCUUACUGAAGAAAUUCCUUUACAAGAUGAAAGUAGUGAUGACAAAUAAAGAUACUUUAUAUCUUGCUAAGCGAUAUCAGGACUUCUACCAUUUCCAUAUUGAGCUCAUGGAAACUUAUCCCAACUUCCAUAACUUACCUAAGCUACCUCCACCAUUAUUUCAAGUACCUCAAUCAUCCAGAUUAAAGUUUGAUAAAAGAUUCGUUGAUGAUUUAAUAAGCAUAACCCAAGAUUUAAACGAGUAUUUCUCCCAAUUAAUAAAUUAUUUCCCAGAAAUUCAAAAGUCAACUGAAAUACUUGAUUUCAUUUUCGGAGGGCCAUAUCAUUUAACGAAAAAUUCACAAAAGGUUAAUGAAGAAGAAGUGAAUAACUUUUUAUUUCCAAACUGCAUCGAUGUUGAAUCGUAUGUUAAAAGUUCAAAAUCGACAUUUUCAACAACAGCUCCAUUACCCCCAGUCACAUCAUUUAAACAAUACCCAGAAUCCCCUCGAAGAAGAUCUAACCAAUACGACAAUUCCAAAUAUUCAACUUACAUAAAUCAAAAUCAGGCCAAAGAGAUAACUCAUUCCAAUAGUACCUAUUCUUUAGAAAGUUACACUUCUUUAAUUGAAGUAUAUGACCGGGACGAUUCAGCUAGUAGUGAAGAAGGCGGAUGUACGUAUUUCUUGAACACACCAGAAACUUCCGUGGAGGGCGAUUCCACGUUCGCUACACCACUAUUAAAGUAACCAGGAUAUCCUAACAGUAACUAUCAGAGAACUCCACCAGGUUGCUGUGCUUGGACUCACUAUACCAGCCACAAAUACAUGUAAUAAGUAGAUAUGUGUAGAAAAUACUAAGUCUUUCUAGAAAAGCGAAUAAUCCAUAGAUAAUUUUAGAAUUACUAAAAUGAAUGAAGAGUUCAGUA